GGCAAAUCUUUAUAUACGUUAUUUAUUUUCUACUUCUCAGACAUGGUGAAAACAGAGGACACACUGACGAUAACGGAGCGCUGGAAGGAGGUGUUUGACCGCGGCCGUGUGAUCCCUCCAUGCCGCCACACGAGCCGCCUGGCCGGGGAGAACCAGCUCAGUGAGUCCCGGGGCUUUGAGCUGAGCCUGAGCCGAGUCACAGUGCCUCAUCUCCCGCAGGAGGCUCCAGAGGGUGUACAGGUGUCCUAUCAGCUCAGGGUAUCCCUGUUGGACAGCCGACAGCAGCAUUUCUUUGGUCAGACCUGGAGAAGCUGUGCACAGAGGCUCAAGAAUGGAAAGAUCUCCUUCAACCAGGUGCUGUACUUCCACACGGUGCUGAGGAUCCCUGAGGUGCUGUUAGUACUGGAGCUGGUGGAACUGUCCGUCAGAGCAGACUCCUCCCACCAGGCCAGGGGGAGGGGAUUCACCCUGCUGCAGCUCUUCAACUCCACAGGGGCCCCUGCAGCCGCAGAGGGGAAACACAGACUGAAUCUACAUCACGGAUCCCCCAGGAGCCUGUUUCACCCCACUCUGAGGAACACUACAGACUACAGCAGUGUUUUACGGCCCGUGGACAGUGCCCAUCUGGACUGUAGUGUGAGGAGCCACUCUGCUCUGGCCCCAGCUCUGCACCUGCUCCCAGAAAACGUGCUCCUGUGUGGGGACGAGGGGGUCCCUGGCCUGGUGGUGCCCUCCUCAGGGGGUGCUCUGCUGAAGCCCCACCUCCUGCCCUCUCUGGCCCUGACCCUGAGUAGCCUGAGCCUGUCCCUGGUGCCAUGUGUGGAGAGCUUUGAGAGGCAGCUCCUGCAGCGCGUCCAUGAAGACUGUCAGCACACGAAGCCCGGAGCAGAGGACACCCUGCGGCCCGUAAUGAUCCAAGAGAGGAGGCUCCAUGUGGGGGUGCACAACGGUUGGGGCUUCCUAGAGCGACCCCAGGUGGUGGUGCUGGAGGUGCUGUCUUCUACUGGGUCCAAGGAAAAAGACAGAGCGGUCUCACAGAAGCUGGCCCUCCGCAGCAGUCUGCAGCUCAGCCUUCUCCACCACCCAGCUGUCGCCAUCAUCUUCCAGCUGGAGUAUGUCUUCUCUGCUCCCAUCGGGAAGGAGACUAUGCUGUCGGCCACCGCCUCCGGUCGAGCGGCCUUCCUCCAGUCCCUGCGCUGGGGGGAGUGGAGCCCCUUUCACCCCUCCUCGGAGCUCAGAGAGGGGGAGAUCCGACUGGCUCUGCAGGGAGGAGCGAAGCCCAACCCCCACAAUGUGAUGGUCUACAGGGCACAUUCAGACCAGGAGUCAGUGGAGAAGGACAUCCUGAGCUUCCAUCUUUCCUCUAGUUUGGACAGAAGGUCUCCAACCUCAGGAACAUAUGUGACAGCUCAGGAGAAGACCCCCCGCUCCAAGCGGAAGACCUCAACCCCAGCUCACGGACGCAGGCUGGUGCAGGACGCCUCUCCUCCUGACUCUCCUCCAGGCCCAGGGCUCUCCCUCUCUCAGCUGGCAGUGUUGUCGCGGUACCCAAGCAUCACUCACUUUGGCUCCUCGUCACCAUGGCAACCCUCCUCUCUGCUGCAUCCGUCUCCGCUGGCGACAGCCCAUCAGGUGCCACACAUCACAAGCUCCAUUGCUCACAUGGAGGUAGACCUGGCCCCAGAUGAACGGCCUCUACAGGAGCUGCCCUUCACCCCUGUCCAUGCCCCUGUGCUCAGCCUGGGGACCAGCACACCCAGCUCUGGCGUGAUCAGCUCCCGAUGUGUCCUGGCUCGGCUCAGUUCGGCUGGGUUUCCAGAAGUGGUGGACUGUACGGGACAGCUAGCAGAGGCUCUGGACCCUACGGAGCCUAUGACCUUUGAUCCUCAGCGGGAGGAGAAUGACCCUCUACAGGGAAACCUGCUGCUGCUGCAGUUCCUUGCCUUCACCAGGGUCCCAGAGUCAGGAAUGGUCCCAGACUGGCCCCGCAGUGUCUACUUCACCUUUCAGAUGUACAGGUUUCCCCCGGUGACCACUCAGCCCCUCGCCCUACUAACCGAUCAGUUACAGCCCAUUGCUCAUUUGACCGACCAGUCACAGAGCAGAACGGAGUCCCUCUGCCUCCUUGUCACCAUGAAUAGAGAUGGAACCACCAACUCGGAUUCCCCAGGACUCGAGCUGCAGUUCCGUGUGGACCGUUCCUUCCUGAAGCCUGGAGAGCAGUGCAGGCUCCUGAGGUACCUGGCCCUCCACAGCCUGCAGGUGGAUGUGUGGGACAGUGACUCUCUGCUCCUGCUGGGCUCCACGGCUGUGCCCCUCAAGUACAUGCUGCGUCAGGGGAAGGCUGCUGUCCAGGCCCUGCACCAGCUGGACGUUCUGACCACAGAUUACGUGGGAGAGGAGCCCCUGGGAGCCAGCGGAGAUCAGGGCCCCGACUGGCCCCUCACUGUGCACACUGUGCUCAGGGGCCAGCUGCAUGUCCGCACCGCAAACAUAGGUUGCCCCGUUCACCCUGACCAUCAGAGGGCAGUAGACUCUGUCCCGUCUCACAUCAUCAUACCCCGAGAGGUGACCAGCGGCUUCAGAGGAGGACGUCUGUCUCCACGGAACGUUCUCCAGCUCAAUGCCAGGAACAGUGCCCAGGCUCAAAGGCUGCAGACGGAGCGGCCAAUCAGAGCAGACCUCCUCAGACCCCAGCAGACCCAAGAUGUCCGCCGUAAACUCAGCUUCAUGGCCGCGGUGCACCGGAGAGAGGGUUCCCAGAACACACACAUGCCACAGGUCACGGAGACUUCCCCGGUGCCCAGCCCUGGUGUGGAGCAGAUCAAAGAGAGCAUCACCCACAUGCUGAGUCAGGCCAUCACCACAGAGUACCAACUCUUCUGCAGCCUGGGCUCUGUAGAGUACCUCGAGUAUAUGCUGAUGAAUCCUUUCACCAUCGCACACACUGUGACCAUCAGCAGUGACCACCCUGAGCUCAGUGUGAUCACGAGUGCUGCGGAGUGGCGCUACUUCAAAUCCCUCCAUCACACUCCCAGCCCUGUGGAGGAGAACAUGUUCCACCUGCAGCCAGGAGCUCCGGGGCCCCAAGUCUACCUGAGGCCCAAGGAAAGCCUGUAUAUCCCCCUCAAGUACCAGAGCUUUCAGUGCGAUCACGGCUCCAUUCCUCACGGCCCGAGUGUCCUACCUGCAGGCUCCGGCCCUCAGCCCGCCCAGAGAAACCCGCAUCACAUGGCCUCCUAUAGGACCAUCAAGGUGACCUUCAGCACAGAGGAUGGGAAGCCCCUGUCCAUCCUCCAGGUGAAUGUGCAGCCAACUCCCCAUGUGGUGGACCAGACUUUCCGACUGUACCACCCUGAGCAGAGCUUUCUGAAGAAAGCUGUCCGCCUGCCCCCAUGGGACCAGCACGCCGGUGGAGAGCUGGGAGAAGGGACCCAGGUGACCGUCCGCUGCAGUGAUCCUGAUGUCGUCUGUCAAACCAGGAAAACGGUGCCAGGAGAGCCUCAGGACGUGUACCUCAAAGUCCCUGGUAGCCCCAGUCCACUCGUGCGCAUGUUCUUCGUCAUGGUUUACACGGAUAAGUGGAUGGCCGCGCCCUCUCAGGUGUGGCAGGUGUACGUGCACUUCCUGGAGCGCGUGGACAUGAGCGUUGUGAGUGGUCAGAAGAGCUGUCAAUCCCUGGUGCUCCGAGGCAAACAGACUGUGAGGAAACUGCGCUGUUACUGCUCCCACCCCCAGGACCUGCAGCUGGAGCCGGCGGGCGUGUUCGUGCUGCCCCCUGCCUCUGUACAGGAAGUCCAGGUGAAAGUGCAGCUGUGGAGAGCAGGGAGGCGUUUCUUCUUCCUGAGCGCGGUGGAUGUGGAGCAGAGACGCCUGGUCAGCACCUGGCUCCUGUGCCUCCAGGUGCACCAGCCUGUCAUCUCCAAGGCGUUCGAGGUGAGUGUUCCGGUGGGAGAAGGUCGUGGCAGUUCCAGGAAGAUCACUUACACCAACCCUUACAACGGCCCCCGCACCCUACUGCUGCGCUCGGACCACCCUCACCUACUGCAGUUCAGAGAGGAACGCUUCCAGGUUUGA